AUGGAGCAAACACUCCCUGGGUCGCUGGGUACCACGUCCAGGGGAGCCCCUCGCUGCGCUGCGUCUUGUCCCCCAGGGAAGAAAGGACAGAGGGCUGGGCCAGGGCCUGGGCACAGCUCCCUGGGCACCGGCCACCCCUCUCCGGAACCAGACUCCUCUGGGCUGCCACCCACCUGCGCCCUCAGCCCAACCAAGGCAAGGGCAGUUCAGAAGCAACAGCAAUCGCUCUGGGCGGCUGUGAAGACAAUGGACAAGGGAGAGGAAAACGCUGCCAGCGAGGAAAAAGCUCAACUUCUCCUGGAUACAGAGGAAUACCUUCCAGAGCUGGAGAAAGAAGAGAAAGAAAGCAAGAGUGUCAUCAAAAGUAUCCAGUGGGUCACAGGCAACAACUUCACAGUGGAGAAGGGACUGCAGCAGAUUGAAGAACACAUUUCUACAUGGGAUGUUCACAGAAGCUGGCUUCACUGGUCAGAAUUUCUCCGGGAAGAAGAACUGAAGUACAGCAAGAGGUACCAUUACAGAGUUUGCUGGAGCGUCCCAACACGCAGAAAACCCAUCCCACGAGCAACAGCAAGCGUCUACUUUGUUAUAGAGAUCUCCAAAACCAAACCUGCUACCUUGCCUGUGGAGGUAUUCUUCACUCUGGAGUCCAGCAGGCUGAUUCACAGGUAA